GCAGGAGAGGGGGCGCCCUUUGCCAGCCUGGACCCGGGCGAGCGGGCACGCCCUGGCGGGAGACGGCCAGGAGAUGGCCGCGAGGCAGGGGUGAGCCCCCCGCGUCCUCACGAUGCAGAAGAGCGUGCGCUACAACGAGGGGCACGCCCUCUACCUGGCCUUCCUGGCCCGCAAGGAGGGCACCAAGCGCGGCUUCCUGAGCAAGAAAGCAGCGGAGGCGAGCCGCUGGCACGAGAAGUGGUUCGCCCUCUACCAGAAUGUGCUCUUCUACUUCGAGGGCGAGCAGAGCAGCCGCCCUGCGGGCAUGUACCUCCUGGAGGGCUGCAGCUGCGAGCGGGCGCCCGCGCCGCCCAGGGCCAGUGUCGGGCCGUGCGGCGCCCGGGACGCGCUGGACAAGCAGUAUUAUUUUACCGUCCUUUUUGGCCACGAAGGUCAGAAACCACUGGAGCUGCGCUGUGAGGAGGAGCAGGACGGUAAAGAGUGGAUGGAGGCCAUUCACCAAGCCAGUUAUGCAGACAUUUUGAUUGAGAGGGAAGUAUUGAUGCAGAAGUACAUUCAUCUCGUUCAGAUCGUAGAGACAGAAAAAAUUGCAGCUAACCAACUGCGGCAUCAACUUGAAGAUCAAGAUACAGAAAUUGAAAGGCUUAAAUCAGAGAUUAUUGCUCUUAAUAAAACCAAGGAACGGAUGCGGCCCUACCAAAGCAAUCCAGAAGACGAGGAUCCGGACAUCAAGAAGAUCAAAAAGGUUCAGAGCUUCAUGAGAGGAUGGUUGUGUAGAAGGAAAUGGAAGACCAUCGUGCAGGAUUACAUUUGUUCUCCUCAUGCUGAAAGUAUGAGGAAGAGAAACCAGAUUGUGUUCACUAUGGUUGAGGCUGAGUCGGAGUAUGUGCACCAGCUCUACAUCCUGGUUAAUGGCUUCCUCCGGCCCCUGCGAAUGGCCGCCAGCUCCAAGAAGCCCCCCAUCAGCCAUGACGACGUCAGCAGUAUUUUUCUCAACAGUGAAACAAUCAUGUUUCUUCAUGAAAUAUUUCAUCAAGGACUGAAGGCUAGGAUAGCAAACUGGCCUACCUUAAUUUUAGCUGAUCUGUUUGAUAUUUUGCUCCCCAUGCUGAACAUUUAUCAAGAAUUUGUACGUAAUCACCAAUACAGCCUCCAAGUGCUUGCCAAUUGCAAGCAAAACAGAGAUUUUGACAAACUCUUAAAACAGUAUGAAGCCAACCCUGCCUGUGAAGGGAGAAUGCUAGAAACGUUCUUGACCUAUCCAAUGUUUCAGAUCCCCAGGUAUAUCAUCACACUUCACGAACUCCUAGCUCACACACCCCAUGAACACGUGGAGAGGAAAAGCCUGGAGUUUGCCAAAUCAAAACUAGAGGAACUGUCCAGGGUAAUGCAUGACGAAGUGAGUGACACUGAAAACAUAAGGAAAAACCUUGCCAUCGAAAGGAUGAUCGUAGAGGGCUGUGAUAUUUUGCUGGACACCAGCCAAACUUUUAUCCGCCAAGGUUCUCUUAUUCAAGUACCUUCUGUUGAGAAAGGGAAACUUAGUAAAGUUCGCCUGGGUUCAUUGUCUUUGAAAAAGGAAGGAGAGAGACAAUGCUUCUUAUUUACAAAACACUUCUUAAUUUGUACAAGAAGUUCAGGAGGAAAGCUGCAUCUGCUCAAGACAGGUGGGGUUCUGUCUCUAAUAGAAUGUACCUUGAUUGAGGAGCCCGAUGCAAGCGAUGAUGACUCCAAAGGUUCUGGACAAGUGUUUGGACACCUGGAUUUUAAAAUAGCGGUGGAGCCUCCAGAUGCUGCCCCUUUCACUGUAGUCUUGUUAGCACCUUCACGCCAGGAGAAAGCUGCUUGGACAAGCGACAUAAGUCAAUGCGUGGACAAUAUACGGUGUAAUGGUUUAAUGACUAUAGUGUUUGAAGAGAAUUCCAAAGUUACUGUGCCACAUAUGAUUAAGUCUGACGCCCGUCUUCAUAAAGAUGACAUUGACAUUUGCUUCAGUAAAACACUCAACUCCUGCAAAGUGCCCCAGAUCCGUUAUGCCAGUGUGGAGCGCCUCUUGGAGCGGCUGACAGACUUGCGGUUUCUUAGUAUCGAUUUCCUCAACACCUUUCUGCACACCUAUCGUAUUUUCACGACGGCAGAUAUGGUACUGGCGAAGCUUUCUGACAUAUACAAGAGGCCUUUUACCUCCAUCCCUGUCAGGUCACUGGAACUGUUUUUCGCUACCAGCCAGAACAACAGGGGUGAACAUUUGGUGGAUGGCAAAUCCCCACGCCUGUGUCGCAAAUUCUCUUCCCCACCACCCCUAGCUGUGUCCAGAACGUCCUCCCCGGUGAGGGCCAGAAAGCUGUCGCUGACUUCUCCCUUGAACUCAAGGGCAGGAGCAUUGGACCCGACCACCACCUCAGCGUCCGGCAGUCCCACCACCACCCACAGCCCUGCUGCGUCCCCACCGCCGCACACUGGUAAAGUACCGUUGGAUCUUAGCGGGAGCCUUUCUUCUCCAGAACAAAGCCCAGGAUCUGUAGAAGAGCAUGUAGAUAACCCCCGCGUGGAUCUGUGUAACAAGCUAAAACGAAGUAUUCAAAGAGCAAACUUUUGUGUUCCCAUGCAUGAUACUGACAAGAAGCUUUUGAAUUCAUGGCCUGCUCAUUAAAAUUCAUGAUGUUUUAAAACAGCAGUCCUGGAAUCUGCGCCCGUGGACCGGGCCGGAGCGGAGAGCUCCCCCACGGCGGACGCCACAGAACUCUCACCUUGCAGGUCACCCUCCACCCCUCGGCACCUUCGCUAUCGCCAGCCUGGAGGACAGAUGGCUGACAGCCCCCACUGCCCUGUUUCGCCUGCUUCUGCUUUUGCGAUUGCCACAGCUGCAGCAGGACACGGGAGUCCGCCGGGAUUUAACAACACCGACAGAAUAUGCGACAAAGAGUUUAUUAUCCGUAGAACAGCCACCAAUCGAGUACUGAAUGUCCUCCGUCACUGGGUCUCAAAGCACGCACAGGAUUUCGAGCUCAACAACGAACUCAAGAUGAACGUCCUAAAUUUGCUAGAAGAAGUUUUGCGAGACCCAGACCUUCUUCCCCAAGAAAGGAAAGCCACAGCCAACAUCCUGAGAGCUCUUUCACAAGAUGAUCAAGAUGACAUUCACCUAAAAUUAGAAGAUAUAAUCCAACUGGCAGACUGUCCGAAGGCCGAGUGCUUUGAGACCUUGUCCGCCAUGGAGCUGGCUGAGCAGAUCACCCUCCUGGACCACGUCAUCUUCAGAAGCAUCCCCUACGAAGAGUUUCUUGGGCAAGGUUGGAUGAAGCUGGAUAAAAAUGAAAGAACACCUUACAUUAUGAAAACCAGCCAACACUUCAAUGAUAUGAGUAACCUGGUGGCCUCUCAGAUAAUGAAUUACGCCGAUGUCAGCUCUCGUGCCAACGCAAUUGAGAAGUGGGUGGCGGUGGCGGACAUCUGCCGAUGCCUGCACAACUACAAUGGUGUGCUGGAGAUCACCUCCGCCUUAAACAGAAGUGCCAUCUACAGGCUGAAGAAGACCUGGGCCAAGGUGUCCAAGCAGACAAAAGCGCUAAUGGACAAACUUCAGAAGACUGUUUCAUCUGAAGGAAGAUUUAAAAAUCUCAGAGAAACCCUUAAAAAUUGUAACCCCCCUGCUGUUCCUUAUCUGGGGAUGUACCUGACAGACCUGGCGUUUAUUGAAGAAGGGACACCAAACUUUACUGAGGAAGGCCUCGUCAAUUUCUCCAAAAUGAGAAUGAUAUCACAUAUCGUCAGAGAGAUACGCCAGUUCCAGCAGACUUCCUAUCGAAUAGAUCAUCAGCCAAAGGUCACUCAGUACUUGCUUGACAAAGCCCUCAUCAUAGAUGAAGACACGCUGUAUGAGCUGUCACUAAAAAUUGAACCCCGGCUGUCUGCUUGAAGAGUUGGCCCUGCCCUGAGCCCGUGGGAUUUUUCUGGAGAGAGAAACAGACAGAACUGUGCAUGCCAUGCCUGCCACGCGCGGUGAGGACCACGAGGAUGGAGACUAGGCCAGGUGUCUUUUGUCCACAGAAGAGGAACUUAACGGGAAUUCUGCCUCCAGCCAGGAGAGCCCAGCUGUUUGGGGUCAAAGAUAGAUGCUUCAGACUUGGGUGGGAAGGUGAAAAAAUGGUAUUUGGUAGGGUGGAUGGCACAUUCUGCAUA